AUGGCGAUAUCUGUUGCAUCUUCGCCUUCGUCUAUUUCUGAUACUACAAUUUCUGAGCCCUUUGAUGGGACUUGUUAUGGGAGUUGGCGACGAUCCAUGUUGGUUGCCCUUUCCGUUAGAAACAAGCUGGAUUUCAUCCAUGGGACUGUUGAGAAACCUUCUAAGGGAUCUCCUCUCAUGCAACAAUGGCAUAAAUGCAAUGAUUUAGUUGUUGCAUGGCUUUCCAACUCUGUCACUAAGCAAAUCCAUCGAACAGUCGUGUAUUCUGAAUAUGCUAAGGAUAUUUGGAGGGAAUUAGAGACUAGGUAUGGGCAGGCUGAUAGAGCUAGAUGCACUUGUGGUGGUGGCGUAAAGGCAGAGGAGGAGCAACGUAUUUACCAGUUUUUGAUAAGGUUGAAUGAUGUAUAUGUUCAGGUGCGCAGCAACAUCGUUAUGCUAAAGCCCCUCCCCUUUAUUGAUAUUGUGUACAGCAUUCUCCUAAGUGAUGAGAAACAGAGACAAGUGUCCUCUACCUCUCAAUUUACCUCAGAGUCUACCUCUUUUAAUGCUGGUGCUUCUAAACCUGCUUAUGCACCUCGGGUGAAUUUUGAGCCUUCAAAGUCUCUUAUUUGCAAAUACUGCAAGAAAUCUGGACAUAGCAUUGAAAAGUGCUACAAGCUCCAUGAUUUUUCACCCAAUUUCAAAUUCAAAAAGAAUGAUGCACCUCGAAGAGCAUCUGCCAAUGUUGUUAUUGAGUCUUCUUCUGUCUUCUCAGUCCAUUCUAGCCCUAGUCCCAGUACUGUAUUUUCAAAUGAUGCAUCUGAUCAGCACUCUGGAGUGCCAGGGCUGACCAAGGAGCAAUAUUCUCAACUGAUGUUGCUUCUGCAACAGUCUCAUGUUAGCCCAAAUCCUUCUCACUCUCUCAUGGCCUCUGCUCAUUUUGCUGGUAGGAUUGCUACUCACAAUGUGUUACUUAAACCUGCUUUAUUUUCACAAGUAGAUAGUUCGGCUUGGAUUCUUGACUCUGGGGCAUCUGAUCAUAUGACUUCUCAAAAGUCUCUUCUCUUUAAUCUAGAACCUCUCACUAUUCUUUGCCUUGUAUCUCUUCCUAAUGGAUAUAAAGUUAAGGGGCCUUCUCUGAAGAAGCCACUGGUUCUUGGUAAACUGGACAAAGGGCUAUACAAGCUGGACAUUACUCAGUCAACAUCCAUGCCAUGUUCAUCUCUUUCUGUUGUUUCUUUUCCUGUUAUUGAAGUGUGUUCACCUGAUUCUGUUUUUCCUGUUGAUCCUUCAUCUCCUGUUGAUGUCUUUCCUUCUGCAACUUCUUACUUCCCUUCUUCGGGUGAGACAAGUGGUGAGGUGUUUCCCUCAUCUUCCCCUUCAUCUUCACCCCCUCCUUGUAAUGUUUCUUCUUCUUCUCCUUCUUCUACUGCUUUGCCUUCUUCUUCUCCUACUCACUUCACUUCUCCUUCACCUGUAAGGAAGCAUGUUGUUUCUUUAUCAGCUCCUGCUGAUCUUUCUAUUUUUGAGCCCGAGUCUUACUCUCAAGCUGUCCCUCUUCCUGAAUGGCAGGAGGCUAUGAGACAUGAAUUUGAGGCUUUUGAAACCAAUGGCAUAUGGUCUGUCAUGCCUUUGCCUCCUGGUAAGAAACCUAUUGGGUGUAAGUGGGUUUACAAGGUUAAAUAUAAGGCUGAUGGAAGUGUUAAGAGGUAUAAAGCUAGAUUGGUGGUUAGGGGGAACACUCAGGUAGAGGAUAUUGAUUUCCAAGAGACUUUCUCUCAUGUUGUCAAAAUGUCCACCAUUAAAACUUUGGUUGCUCUUGCUGUUAAAAGACAGUGGCCCCUUUUUCAGCUUGAUGCCAAUAAUGCCUUUUUGCAUGGGGACUUGGAUGAGGAAGUUUUCAUGAAGCUUCCUCCUGGUUAUUCUGUUCUCUCCACAUCUGGUUCUGACCAAUUGGUGUGCAAGCUUCAGAAGUCUUUUUAUGGCUUGAGACAAGCUUUAAGGCAAUGGUAUGCUAAGCUUUCUCAAGCCCUCACAUCUAGAGGUUAUUCAUCUUCUCUCAAUGAUUACUCCCUCUUCAUUAAGGGUUCUGGUGCUUCUCUUGUGAUAUUGGUUGUUUAUGUGGAUGACAUUGUGAUCACUGGGGCUGAUUCUUCUAAAAUUUCUGAUGUUAAGUCCUUUCUCCAUGCUCAGUUCAAGAUUAAGGAUUUGGGAUGUUUCUCCUGUGUUUGUCCUCUUGAGUUGUCUGCCAAGCUUAAAGCUCAUGGAGGUGAUCCCUUACCAAAGCCUGAUGUCUAUAGGUCUCUUAUUGGGAAGUUGAAUUUUCUUACUCACACUCGGCGUGAUAUUUAUUUUGUUGUUCAACACCUUAGUCAAUUCAUGCAAUCCCCUUGUCUUCCCCAUAUGCAAGUUGCGCUCCAUGUGUUAAGAUACCUGAAAGGUACCUCUGAUUGUGGGAUUUUCUUCAACAAUUUCUCUGAUUUGUCUCUAACUGCUUACUGUGAUAGUGAUUGGGUUGCCUGUCUUGACACUAGGAAGUCUGUGAGUGGUUAUUGUAUGUUUUUGGGUGGCAGUCUUGUGGUUUGGAAGUCUAAGAAGCAGCAUGUUAUCUCCAUGUCUUCUGCUAAAGCUGAAUGCAGGGCAAUGAGCAAAUUUGUGACUGAGCUGGCCUGGAUGUCUCGUUUGUUAUCUGAUUUGGGUUUGCAUUCAUAUUCACCUAUUUCUUUGUUUUGUGAUUCUCAUGCUGCUAUCCACAUUGCUAAGAACCCAGUUUUUCAUGAACGAACGAAGCAUAUUGAACUUGACUGCCACUUGGUGCGGGCCAAGCUUGCUGAAGGCCUUAUUCAUCUGCUGCAUACUUCUUCUUCUCAGUUGGCUGGUAUUUUCACUAAGGUUCUCGGUGGUGCUACUCAUCAUGGUUUUCUUUCCAAGUUGGGGGUUUUGUCACCCUCCAACUUGAGGGGGGGUGUUAGAAAUAUACCACCCACUCCUGAUUAG